AUGUUCGUCCGUUCUUUCUUUCUUUCUUUCUUUCUUUCUUUCUUUUACCAUAUAUUGUUUCGCCUUUUUUCUUUUUUUUCCAAUCCAUUCUCUUCUUUCCUCUCUUCUUUCCUUUGCCAAAUUAUUAAUUUCUUUCAUUCGUUUUCUUUCCCCAUACACUUUUCGCCUUUCUUUCUUUCUUUCUUUCUUUCUUUCUUUCUUUCUUUCUUUCUUUCUUGCUUUCGUUCUUUCUUUCUUUCUUUCUUUCUUUCUUUCUUUCUUUCUUUCUUACUUGCCUUUUCUUUCUUUCUUUCUUUCUUUCUUUCUUUCUUUUCGGAACCUAUUCAGUUGUCCUUCGUUCUUCCUCCGUAUAACCGUGUAGACUUUUCUAGGAAAUUCUUUUCCUUCCUUCCUUCCUUCCUUCCUUCCUUCCUUCCUUCCUUCCUUAAUUUCUCUCUUUUUCUUCUUCUUUUCGAAAAAUAA